CCUCGCAUGCCCAAAGUAUCGGCCGAGCCUUAACAUGUAUGGCUGGAUGAAUCCUGGCCAAUGUGCAUGACAAGUCGCCGCUCGGGUCAUUGCGAGUCCUGGAGCAGGAAGCACUGUGCCGGGGCCUCCGGUUGCAUCCCGGUUGGUCCACUUGAGCAAGGAAUGCCCCCUGCCAUCGGACGGUCGUCGUGAACCAACCUGGUGUUUCGCGGACAGUAUGGUCGAGACAGGCUGGCAUUCUUCGGAGACGAGGAGCCAUUCUCGGCAACACCCGAGGAGUCUGUCCGUUGACCCACUUGACGACCUGGUCGCGCAGAUUCCGAUAAGUCACAAUUGCCUCGCUUGGUCGGUUCUGCUUGAGGCACGCCAAGAGUCCAUGGGUGAAUGCGCCGUAAGAUGUGCCGUUGACAGUCUUCUCUGCGGCCACCUCAUGACUUUCGCAGGCUGCCAUCAGCGUGAAUCCGUCCGGGUUGAUGGACCAGGACAUUUCCAACUCCCCAUCGCGGCUGCCCGAUUCGACAGCGGUCUCUGUGAUUGCCUCUUCGUCGGCGGGAAGGUUGGGGACGUUCGUCCAGCCUUCUGGAGUUCGAACGUUUUCACCAGUCCUCCAGGCGCCGCCAGAGUGGCAGCUGUCGAGGAUGACAAUGGUCCGAAUCUGCUUCUCGUUGAGCCUUUUCAGCCACUCGUUCAGCUGCCAUCCUCUCACUGCAGGCUUUCCGCAGCAAAAGUCCAUCGUCAUCAGGGAUGGGUCUGUCAGCCUCCCGGGCGGGGAUUUGCUCGUCGGUUGCAGCCGUGCCCCAUGCCCAGAGAAGUGAAAAAAGAAGAGGUCACCAGGACCAGCCUGCUCAGCCAGUGUCGAAUUCCCUCUUGAUGUUGUCGAAUGUGGGCCGACAAUCUGACGGCUCUGUCGGCUCAGUGGGACACGUGAAGCUUGACAGGGUCAGGGGAGAAGUGAGGAUGCGAGGCUCCUCCAGCUG